GGGAAAGUGGGCAGAUACACCUCACCUGAAUCGCUCCACAAGACCUAGAAGCAAGAGAAAGGAAAUCAAUUUGUAGACACAUGCUCGCGGAGAGAUAUUGGAUAAAUUUCAUCGGGAAUUUUUAGUUCGAAUUCGAUUAGUUGCGUUACUGGCUGACUUUGGUGUAUUUAGCUGUAACCUCUCAUGCACUUAUUAGAUACGAUAUACAAAAUGUCUUAUAAAAUAAUACCUAUACCUCGGUAAAGAAAAUGCACUUAAAGUUCAGAAUUCGUUUACAAAUAACAACACUGCUAUUCGUGGCCAUUUGGUUGAUUAUAAUAUGGAAAUUUUUGAAAAUCUCAAACACACAUAUACCGAAAGCGUGGUUCUUCCAAACAAAAAUUCGAAAACUAAAGCCGACAUUUAUCAAAUCUUCUGGAUAUGAAUGUAAUUCACAUGACAUAAAAGUUUCCCAACCUCAAGUGGGUAUAUAUCAUGAAAAAAACCUUCAGGCGAAUUCUUGUCUAGGUUGUAAGAAUUCCGUGGUGGUUUUUACAUUUUCAAAAAGUUCAUCUGCAAACAGAUACUUGGUCUAUUUUAUGAAGGCUUUGCUGAUUCCACAUCAUGUCAUUGCUGUGAAUCAUGCACAACUAAACAAUAUUCCAGUUCUCCUCAAAGUCCUGUCACAUACUGAACGCAUCACUGUAAUAAUGUUCGAAAAUUUUGCCAUUUAUACUAAUUUACCACCCACAGAAAAGUCUCAGGUUGAUAAUUUCUGCAGAAAGCACAAUGUUCGAGUGAUUGGGUUUUUCUCUGAUGGUGAGACUUUUACCACUGAAGCUGGUACUUGGUCCAAGAUUGGAGAACUGCCAAUGUAUAUCAAUCGUUUGAAGAAACCACCACAAGGAUUUUAUACGUCACGAAACUCACCAGUGCUAAGAAUCACACGUGGUGGUCUCAUGAAUCCUAAUAUACUUGAUUUUCAUGAACAGACUUAUGGAGCACACAACGUAACACAUACUCAACACGUUUGCUGUUUGGCAACUUUGGUUCCUAUUUCAAGUGAUAAACAGUUCUACAGAACUAUUGCAUUUACUAAAACAGGCGAAUAUUUUGGACGUAUGUCGCAUUACGAUUUAUCAUCGGUUGACAUGCAAAGUUGUGCAAAUUCCUCAACGGAGUCUGACAAUCACACAUUUUCAGUUUACCAAAGCCUAGUCUUAGAAGAUGUUGGCUUGUUCGAUGGAAUUCAACGGGUGCUUUUCGCUUUUCGCCCUGGAGGAAUAUGGAUCUCAUCAAUACUGCUACUGGACGCAUUGGUCUAUUUGUCGAAAGGCAGUUUUCAUGCUUCUCCACCGUCAUCAGAUCUUUUCAGUUCUCGGUUUCAAGAAAUCGUUUCCAGAAUGAAUUCAUCACUAGCUUCAAGUGAAUUUGACCUGUUGAGAUGGGUUCUAGUUGAUGUGGAUGAUGUAUUUGUACCUAAUCGACAUGUUUAUUUUUCGAUCGAUGAUAUAAAUGCUAUGAUUAAAGCCCAAAAUUAUUGGCGCACAUUUAUACCAAAUUUUACAUUCAAUAUGGGAUACUGUGGUGCAUUUUUCAGUAAAUCACGUUGGUCCGAUAAAAUUGUUUACAAUCAUCUACUUAAAAAUCGUAAUGAAUUCUGGUGGUUUGAUCAUUUAUGGCAUCAUCGCAGACCUCAUAUUAUGAACAAAACGUGUAUCAAACAAGAUGUGGAACGUAAUCGAAAGUUUGCCGAGGAGCAUGACAUUGCAGUUCAAGUUGGUUAUUCAAUUUCACCUCGUCAUUCUGGUGUUUAUCCUGUAUAUCCAGAUUUGUAUGAUGUUUGGCGUACUGUCGCCAAUGUAAACGUUACAUCUACAAUACACUAUCCUUACGUCAGACCAUCUGACUUCCGUCUGGGUUUCCGUUAUAACAAUAUUCAGGUUCUUCCACGUCAAACAUGCGGAAUUUACGCUCAUACACUUCAUCCUGAGAAUAUACAAGGUGGGAUGGAACAGUUAAAUGAAUAUAUUUAUGGUGGAGCACUAUUUCGCACAUUUCUAUUCAACCCGGUAUCUAUCUUUAUGACACACCUUGUCAAUUAUGGAAAUGAUCGGUUAGCCCUUUAUGUAUUUGAUACUGUUUUUGAGUUUAUUUCCAACUGGACAAAUAUCAAAUUGAUUACAUCAUCUCCACUGAAAUUAGCCGAUGUAUACACUGAACGUUUCAAGUUGUAUGGUGUCAGUGAACUUCCUUUGUAUUCAGAUCCUUGUCGUAAUUCACAUCUUUAUGAAUUAUGGCCGAGUCAUUGGCCAUGUGGUUCAAAUCACUUGCCAAGUUUUAUUAUUAUUGGACCGCAAAAAACUGGUUCUACAGCAUUAUUGCAGUUUCUCUUAUUGAAUCCUGAACUGAUGGCUAAUCAAUUCCAGUAUAAUUCUACCUUCGAAGAAUUACAAUUUUUCAGUUCUGACGAUAUAUAUUCACGUGGUGUACAUUGGUAUAUGAAUCAGUUCCCAAAUAAUUUAAUGAUGUCUCCGAGUAGUCAUGAUAAAAGCAAUAUGAAUAUGCAUCUUACUAAUAAUGACGUCUCAUAUAUACGAUUUGAAAAAUCAGCUACAUAUUUUGAUAGUUCGAAAUCUCCAGCACGUAUUCAUGCCUUAAUGCCCAAAGUUAAGUUGAUUGUUCUUCUUCGAAAUCCUGUGGAAAGAGCCUAUUCAUGGUAUCAGCAUCGUCUGGCUCAUCAAGAUAUUGCCCCACAGUUACUGUCCUUUGUUGACCUAAUGCUAUACGGUCAUAAUUUGACUGAAACAGAUCUACUUUCUAUCGUACCUGCUGACAAGUUGAAUAAACUUUCUAUCAACGCUCAGAAUUCAAGUGUGUUACAGCACAUUGUUUCAAGCAUUCAUCAUUUAUGGUCACGAUGCAUUAGUCCAGGGAAUUAUGAACAACACUUACGUAACUGGCUGAAUUAUUUCCCAGCUUCACAGGUAUUACUACUAGAUGCUGAUAAAUUUUCUCAAAAUCCUGUACCUACUAUGAAUGUUGUACAACAAUUUAUAUCACUUCGUAGACAUCUGGACUAUUCACAAUAUUUACACUUCAAUCCUAAGAAGGGUUUUUAUUGUAUAUCUACAAGAAAAGCAUUCAGUCACCUUCAUCAACACAAUCAUGGUUGUUUAGGUCAAAGCAAAGGAAGAGUAUAUGAACGAUUAGAUCAGGAUAUCUUAAUGCCAAAAUUAAUGCGGUUGCACUUUGCCAAAUUGAACCAUAAACUGUAUCAACUGUUACAAAAACAAACUGUGUGGCAUAAAACGCUGACAAUGAACACAAAAAGUCUUCCAUCGUGGAUAACAUAGGCAGAUUAGAUAAGGUGAUAGUUACUUCGGUAAACGACCCUAUGCUUACAUCAACUGGUAGUGCCAUUAUGAUGAUUUUUCGGUAGGUUAGCAUUUCACAGUGAUACUGCAAUUUUUCAAAAUACAUAAAAAUAUUUUUGUGAAUAUUUUGCUCUGUCUUUAUGUACACCCCGUAACAAAAGGUAGUACUAUCUAUUUUACAUUUUGCUCACGUUUUUUCAACAAUAAAAAAUCAUAUAUUUUGGUUCCAAAAAGUUUUGCGUUCGUUGCGUUACGAAAUCGUUUUUUAAAACCACAAGGAUGGUGAUGCUCAUAUGGAUUUUAGAUUCUAAUAUCCUUGGGAAUAAUAGCAUCGCACUGCAGUGUAAAUAUACAUAUACAUUUAGAUAACCUAUGCCAAGCAGAAUAAACUAUACAGUUGACAUUCUACAAACAACCAUUCCCAGAGUAACUAUUAUAUACAAAAAGACAGCAGCAUUGGUGUAUCCACAAACAGACUAAUCAACGUAGAACAUCAGCUCAAAUUGCCACACUUGGCAGUAGUUCACAAAAGUAAAGUGGACAAAAAAGAUUAAUAUCAAGUGACAGCUUUAUUUACUGAUUACUGAAUAAAUACUGUCGCUAACUUUAAUC